UGCUCCCACCAUCAUCUCUCUCAGCCCAGCCUCAUCAUCACUACAACUUCACACACGCAACAACCACAGCACAUUCUUUUAAAAACAACAAAAACAAAAACAGAAUCAGAAUCACCUCACUCUUCACUAUACCACACCACUGACCACACUACAGUUAUAUAAAAGAAAGAAAAAACCAAAAAAAAAGUACUAUAAUGUGAAGGAACCAACGAACGAGCUGAAACACAGUCUCUCUUCUCUUUCCUUUUGCUUUUUUUCUCGCUCUUUACUCUUUGGUCUCAACCGUCCGAUCUUGAUCAGUAAUCGCCGAACGCAAUGGGAAGCGUGACCUCCGAUGACGAAGCCUCUGAUCAGCAGAGCGAGAGGUGCGGGAGCUACUCUCUCAGCGCUGACGUCAGCGAGUCCGAGAGUUGUAGUAGCAGUAGCUUUUCCUGUCGGAGAUUCGAUGCCGAAGGUGCUUCCAGCUCGCUCACAUCAUCUCCCCGUCCGGUCGCUGGAGGUUUUGGAUUCCCUGUUCCGGUUAUGGUGCCGGUGAUUGGCGGUAAGGAUGUCGUUGUUUGGGACGAGAAGCCGGAGAAGCCUGAUACAGAUUUGUCAGAAGUUGAGAUGAUGAAGGAAAGAUUUGCUAAGCUACUUCUCGGAGAAGAUAUGUCUGGUGGUGGUAAAGGUGUUUGUACUGCGCUUGCCAUCUCUAAUGCUAUCACCAAUCUCUCUGCGACUGUGUUUGGAGAGCUGUGGAGGUUAGAGCCAUUAGCUCAGCGAAAGAAGUCAAUGUGGCGGAGAGAAAUGCAGUGGCUAUUAUGUGUUAGUGAUUCGAUUGUGGAGCUUGUACCUUCCAUACAACAAUUUCCAGGUGGGGGUACAUAUGAAGUGAUGGCGACACAGCCACGUUCAGAUUUAUAUGUGAACUUGCCUGCACUUAAGAAGCUUGAUGCUAUGUUGAUUAGUAUGCUUGAUGGGUUCAGUGAGACACAGUUUUGGUAUGUUGAUAGAGGGAUUAUUGUUGGUGAAGGUGGAGAGUGUGAUGGCUUUUCAUCAUUGGUUCCUAAUGGGAGGCCAUCGAUUAGACAGGAAGAGAAGUGGUGGUUGCCAUGUCCGAAAGUACCACCAAAUGGGUUGUCUGAGGAUGCCAGAAAAAAGUUACAGCAAUGUAGGGAUUGCACGAAUCAGAUACUGAAGGCAGCCAUGGCAAUUAAUAGUAGCGUGCUUGCAGAGAUGGAGAUACCAACUGCAUACUUGGAGACCUUGCCCAAGAGUGGAAAAGCUUGUCUAGGCGACAUCAUCUACCGCUACAUAACUGCUGAUCAGUUUUCACCAGAAUGCCUUCUUGAUUGCCUUGAUUUGUCAUCAGAACAUCACACUCUUGAAAUAGUUAACAGGAUUGAGGCAGCGGUGCAUGUUUGGAAGCAGAAAGAUGAAAGAAAACAUACAAAUCAUAUGAAAGUUAGGCGCUCAACAUGGGGUGGCAAGGUCAAGGGCCUAGUUGCUGACACUGAAAAGAAUAACUUACUGGCCCAGCGAGCUGAGAACCUCUUACAGAGCCUGAGGAUUCGUUUCCCUGGCCUCCCACAGACUGCAUUGGAUAUGAACAAGAUUCAGUACAACAAGGAUAUAGGGCAGUCAAUUCUCGAAAGUUACUCGAGGGUGAUGGAGAGCUUGGCUUUCAACAUUAUGGCAAGAAUCGAUGAUGUGCUUUACGUUGACGAUGCUACUAAGCGAUGUGCUGCUGCAGAAUCACUCUCUCUAUUCAGCAGGGGAGGUCUGAGUGGUGUUCCCAUCCAGAAGCGAAUGUCUCCAAGUCCCUUCUCUAUCCAACACACCCCAUAUGCUUCUCCAUUUGCUACACCAACCUUCUGUUCUUCAACUCCUGUCAAUGGAAGCCCCGGAAGGGCACCCACAUCUAUGAGGAGAAGUGGUCUCAAGGAAGCACCGGAGCGGAAGCUGGAAAAACCAUGCCCAGUCGAGUUUGAGAGGGUUUGGUCUUAUACUGGGAACCUAAGUUCGAGACGAGCUCCUGGGGAUGCCCCAGAGCGAGAUUGACAAGAGUCCUCAUCCAGUUCCUGUAUCAAAGAAGUUGCACAGGCAUUCAGGAGACUUACGGCUGACAGGAGGAUAGGAUAUGAUUAUUAUAUCUUGUAUAUUGUUUAGCAGUAGGAAUAUCAUGUUCAAAAAGUUUUGAUCAUGGUGUUUUUGUCAGGUGUUAGUUAAGGAAAGAAGAUGAUGAUUUAGGCUUGGGCCAUUAAUGUAUUAUCUAAUGUGUUGGUGAAGAAUUUACCUCUCCAUCUAAAUUUGGCAACAGAUUUUUAUUAAAUCGA